CGAGAGCCCUUAUUGAAGUAAAGGGAGAUAACGAUCGUUGCUACAGAAUAUUUCCUCAGAUCAACUUCUGUCCAUGUAAGGCGUUCAGACAUCAAGUUAUUGAGAGAAAGAGUCAAGUGUGCUGUAAGCAUGUGUUGGCCGGAAGACUAGCUCAGAUACUCAACCGUACAGCAGACCACGAGGUGACUCAGGACCAGUAUUUGAUGUUAGUGCGAUCCAUGUUUGAGCAGGAUGGAUGAAGGGACCUCACAGUACUACUUCACCGCUUCCAUGGACUCCGGCAAGACACUCUGCAGCUUGCUGAAGGCUAUACAGUUUCAGGAGUCUGCUGUAUUUUGCGCACUGCCCGAAGGGUUGAAGUUGACAGUGGAGGAAGGAAAGUGUGUGCAGGCGUCCGCAUACGUCCCUGCUGACAACUUCACAGAGUACAAUGUCAGGAGCGACGUGGAUGUCAUGUUUAAAGUCAGUAUAGCUGUGUUGGCUGAGUGUCUCAACAUAUUUGGAUCAGGGGAGGAGUCAAGCCUGAAGAUGUACUACAGGUGUGAAGGAUCACCCUUGCUUUUAGUUUUGCAACCACAGUCAGUGCACAACGUGAUGACAGACUGUGAGAUAUCGACGCAAAUAGCUGACUCGGUGCUGGAGCUUCGCGACGAGGAGGCGGCGGACGUGGCCAAGUUAGUGCUCAAGGCACCGGCGUUCAUGGGGCUGCUGGCGGACAUAGAGCGCUCCUGUGACGUCAUAGAACUCAACUUGUCACCUGAACAUCCUAAUAUCAGCAUCGUCACUUAUGGGAUGCAGGACCGGUCGUGUAUUGAUAUGCCGAAGUCAUCAGACAUGGUUCAGAGCUUCAGCUGUGAGGAGCCAGUCACGCUCAAGUAUCAGCUGCAUCACAUACGACUCAUCAUGAAGGCGCUCGCUAUAUCUACCAAGGUGGUGCUAAGAUGUAGCUCCAAUGGACUGCUUCUCCUGCAACUUAAGUUGGAGAAGGAAGACCAGCGCCAGAUGUUCUCCGAGUUCUACAUCGUUCCCUUACUCGACUGAUCUUGUUAUUCUGUUUAUUCUAAUAUAAUUAAGUUACUUUCUCCUCUUCUCGUGAGGGUCGUGAGACCAAUGAUCAACCUCUACCCUGGUCUUCUCUCGUGUGGAUUGUGAGGUGGAUGGUCAACCUCCUCAACCCUGGUGUCAAGAUUAUUUUUGUGCCUUCCGAAAGUUCCGAAGCACGGAUCAUCGUUACUUUCGCACAACCGGGUGAUCUGUCCUGAUGAUAUGUCGUCACCAGGAAUCGAACCCGAAUCCUCUGGAUCGUGAGCCCAACGCUCAACCACUGGAUCACGGCUCGUUAUCAACCCUGAUGUCAGGGCUACUAUUGAGCCACCAUGCCCAGGGAAUAAAUAGGAAAAGGGCGAUAUAGUUAUAAAUAAAAAACAAUAAUUGCAAAAUAUAAGUUCUAUUAUUUUAUUACACUUUUCAAAAGUACAUACAGUACACUUAAGAGGAAUGAUACAAUAAUGUAUUCCGUCACUUUCAUCUGUAGCCGUAGCAUAACAUCCGCGUAUAGUUCGGAACGAUAAAUGGGCCAACACUUAGCACAUUUAUCGCAUUGUGAUAUGCGAGUGUCGUGCUAGGCUACCGACUUUUGCAUAAACCACGCGCUUAGCUUUUUUUAUAAGUAUAUCAACAAAAUGGCGCACGAUUACGUCGCUCGAUUUUUUCUAGUUUGACAGGUCCAAAAGUCCUUUCCUGAUAAGAGCAAGAGCUAGUUUUAGAACUCAGCAUCAUCCCGUUUCUCACAGGGUCCGCUUACCUAAUCUGAAGAUUUGACAGGUCCGGUUUUUUACAGAAGCGACUGCCUGUCUGACCUUCCAACCCGCGAAGGGAAAACCAGCCCAAUACAGAUUAGGUAACAUACCUCCGAAAAUGCAUUUCGAGAAAUUCGAGAAAUGAUCUCGGGAAUGUGGGUUUCGUCACGAUGUUUUCCUUCAUUUAGCACGUGAUAAUCAUUUAUGUUCCAAACAUGAAUUCGAAAACAAAUUCGACAAUUUAUUAGAUUUAGUUUGAGAACUAUCAAACCAAAAUCAGGUUUUUGGUUGUCGGAAUCGUCCAAUACUAGGAUAUAAAUAAUUAAGGAUUUUACCAAGAUAUGAGCAUUAUUUAGUAAUUCAGUCUUGAAUUAUA